ACCGUGGUGAUCAAAUCCGGCUUUGAAAUGCUUCAGUUCGGCGGCAGGGUGUGCGGUGUCUCCGCUGUCGUCUCGCUGCUUCUGGCGGGGCUGGCAGCUGCGUCUUCUGAUCUAUUUGACAACCAACUAGGCGACAUCAAUUACUGCAAAAAGCAAUGCCAGAUUACCAUCAAAAACAAAAGCCCAGCUAAAGUAAGUGACAUCAUUCAUGAAUAGCAGAAAAUAAGAAUAUAUUAGGCUAGAUAUAAAUGUGACAGAAAAGUAUAUUUACGUGCUUGAAUAGCUGCCAUAAUAAGUGCUUACAAAUUGAAUACGUUAUAUCGAAUAUCGAUAGACGUCCCUUUAAUCUUUAAACGCUGGCAAUCUCUUGUAAAUGUAGCAUGGCCAAUGCGUAACGAAGGCCCAUCAUUUUACUAUUUGUCAUGCUUAUCCUAAAUCGCAACAUCAGUAGGCAACGCUACCUAUCUUAAUUUCAAGAACUGAGUGGAAAUUAUCUUGGACAAUUAGGCCGAAAUUAUCGUUCUAUGACGCAUUCUCACAGCUCUGGUCCUCCACUACCCAUAUAGCCUGGCUACUCUACCUACUUCAUUAGGAUUUAUUUACACAAAUGUCUAUUCAUUAGAUAAUGCCUGGAUGUUCAUAUUAAAUUAAGUCAUAAAAUUGUUGUGAGGGCACCGGACCAAGAUGGUAGCCUAUUCUCCAAUAGAGUCAGUCUAUUGCCACUUGCAUGGUUUCCUGGUUGCCUCAUUGUGCGCUGAAAUAUUUAUUUGUCCCAUGAACGGCAAUAUGCAGGAUAUGUAAAUAAUAGCUCAAUGAUUACAAUAUCCAUGUUUAAAUCAUCUUAAAUUAUGUACAAUUUGGAAAAUAAUUGUAGCCUAUUAGUAAUGGAUUAGUGUCUAUCUCUCGGCUAGGCUAUUAUUUUCCCACCUACUCAUCGCCUCGGCUCUGCUCAGGUGUGGUUCAGACAACAUGCAGGGCGGAGCAGAGCAACAAAAUGGAUCACCAUGAACUAUGCGGAAUCACCUGUUUUCAGAACACUGCACCAGCCUAUAGGCCCUAAUGUAUGCAUACUAUUGGAACAGAUAAACACCUUAGUGACAAAUAGUGCUUGAACAGAUGUUGAGCGUUUAUUUUAUUCAUGAUGGGACUAUAAUUGCCACUGUGGAGCACAUUUACAUUUACGUCAUUUAGCAGACGCUCUUAUCCAGAGCGACUUACAAAUUGGUGCAUUCACCUUAUAGCCAGUGGGAUAACCACAUUACACACAAUGAACAUGGAAUAACGCAGUUAAUCGAAACGAUUACACGCAUGACACUGUAAAUAUGCCUGUAAAGUGUAAACCGUUGAUCGUCAGACAAGGGGAUCUCUUUGUCUAUCACGUUCAUGUGUCAGUCGCUUGGGGGCGCUGUUUAGUUCUUCUGUAGUAGAAGUAGGCUUGGAGAAAACUGUGACCACGUGAUUGUAAUUCUUCACUCAUCACAAUAUUCCAUGGCUCCAAAUCAUUUGACAUAUCUAUUCAAAAAUAAUAAUAAUUCCAAUUGAAUUCCCUCUAUCAAAUUAUAAACUUGCUUAAAGUACAUUGUCAUGGACAAUAUAUAUAUUUCUGUGCUCAUAGCAUAUUCAGCUUCUAUGUUUCUAUUUUUCUCCUGAAGGACUCCAUUCUGAAUGCCUGUCACCGUGGUUGCCGUCUUUACUCCAUCUGUCAGUUUGUGAAUGGAAAUGCUGGCUUCAACACCAGCAGGGAUGAGUGUCAAGGAGGUAAGGUCGCCGGACUCACAGGGUGGGGUCUCAAUGAAGCCAGGGCAGCCUAUCACCAAGAGCAGAGGUCCUACCUAUGAUCCACUUUACAUUUUAGUCAUUUAGCAGACGCUCUUAUCCAGAGCGAUUUACAGUUAGUGAGUGCAUACAUUUUCAUACUGGCCCCCUGUGGGAAUUGAACCCACAACCCUGGCAUUGCAAGUGCCAUGCUCUACCAACUGAGCUACACGGGACAUGGCACAAGUAAAGGGGGGCUUUCCUCUUUUGUUCUCUAUUGCUCCUCUAAUGUUCCUCAACCAAGGGGGGAGGCUGCUGACAUCACAUUUGACCAUCAGACCAAUUCCUUGAAUGCUCUACUCCUUGAACUUUGCAGUUGUAUUAUUUAAUUUUUUUACCCUUUAGUGUGUGUCAUUUACUGUAGUUAUACUUGGGAUAUCGCUUUCAACAGUAAAAGUUCAAAAGUAAUGUGUGUGUGUGUGUGUGUGGCUCAACUGAAGCUGUGCUUGCUUAUUGAAAAUCCUGUGAUCUGCUAUCCUCCUUGGUCCAGGCAGCAGUUGCCCAAAUGUUCUGAUAUGGAUGACUGUAGGGGGGGGGGGUGAAUAGGGAUGCAAUGACAGAUGCUGUGUCUUUUCUCCACCCUAUCUCUCUAUCUCUCUGUCCUUCUUUCUCUCCUCUGCCCUCCCAUCUCUCUCUCCCUCUCUCUCUCUAUCUCUCUCCCCCUUUCUCUCUCUGUAGCCUGCCAGGAAGCGUACAGCAAGCUGCUGGAGCAGGAGUCAUGCAGCACCGGCUGUGCCAGCCAGCCCUCUGAACCUGAGAUCAAGAGGAGGAAGGUGAGCACGGUCACUCCAUAGGCAUUCAGCAGGACAAACACACACACACACACACCCUCAUACACCCUCAUACAUCCUCAUACAUUCACACUAGCAACAGUCAUCAAAAUUGUUAUAAGGUUUUAAGGCCAGGCACCACACACUAAUAGGGAUUUUUUAAAAACUUAAUCAUAUCACAAUCAGCUUUUACCAGUUGAAUGUAGACACAAAUAAUAUACUUUUCUAUAUUAAAAUGUUUCUGAAAUAUUGUAUUAAAAUAUGCAAAUUAGGCGAUGUCUCAUUAAAUAUUGUAUGUGCCUAUUUGCAUACCACACAAAUUCAUUUUUAUGGACACUGGAUGAAGUCAGCCUAAAUAUUUUUGUUUCAUUUUGUUAACACUCCAGAGCAGAUUGUGGAUGAAUACUUUGUAAAAUACUAAAGACAUUUUUCCAAAUAAAAUGUUAUCUAGAAUAAAACAUUGACAGCAUAUUCCCUCUGGGCAAGUCUGGAGAAUAUAUCUAAGGAUAACCACACACAAUGUGGUGAAUGGAGAUGCUUCUGAAGCUGAGAGAAAUUAGUUGGUGUGCGGGAAGAGUCUGACUUUCGGGAAAUGGCAGUUAAAGACAAGUACACUGAAUUUAGACUACCAAAUGCACCAAAUGCCUAUUUAGACCCAAUUACAUUUACAUUUUAGUCAUUUAGCAGACGCUCUUAUCCAGAGCGACUUACAGGAGCAAUUAGGGUUAAGUGCCUUGCUCAAGGGGAUUAGAACCAGCGACCUUUCGGUUACUGGCACAACGCUCUUAACCACUAAGCUACCUGCCGCCCCUGUCAAUCACCAUCUCUUCAAAGUAAGUUACUAAAUGUAGUCCAGUUUGUAACAUUCUCUAUGAAAUGAGCUUUAAAAUAUGUGUAAAUCAAUGAGGUGAGCUUUGAAAUUAUUGAUGUAUGUCCAUUUUAAAGUGGUUAAAAUUAAUACAUAUUUUGAUGACGGUAGUAUGAUAAACUAAAGAAAAUAUACAUUUUCAUCAAGAUUGACAUUUUUAUGUUUACUUUUUGAAAAUACUAAUAUUAAUAAUGGACCAAAAUACCAACACAUCUCAAAAUUGAUAGGUAGAUGCAAAAAUGUCAUUUCAGCCUGUGGUGCCUGGCCUUAAAAACAAUUCUAAAUGCAACAGUUCAAAUGUUUAUAAUCCAACAGAUAUUGACUGAAUUAUAGCACAUAAAACAUUUUACUGGCACGGACAAAUAAUGUAUUGCAUAUAUGAAUAAACCAAACACUUGCUCUGUCUACGCUACCUGCACUCACCUGCGCUCUCUACACUGCCUCAUUAAUUACUGUCGUUGUCACUUUCUCUUGCAUAAUUUAACAAAUGUGUCAAUAGCAGGAUACCCUUGGAUUAAAAAUCAACACGCUUGGCUCUAGUUUACACAUAUCUAAACAUACAUUACAUUGUUUGCAAGAUCAGACAUAAUAUCACUAUAAUCCAAGUGUUCAUUUUCUGAAAUUGGUUUUUAUUUCAGCGCAUCUAAUUUGUAAAAACAUUUCAACUGUAUUAAAUUAAAACUUAUUUAAAUUACACAAAAGAUGAACACCCAUCAAAAUAAAGUUAUCUUCUCUUUCUUUUAAUGUAAGUGUUGAGAUGGUGCGUUAAAUCCCAGAUGCCGCUUUAGCGUUCUUAUAGAUUCAACGGAAAGACAAUAUAUUCCAUUGAGCCCAUUUCAGCCAUUACCGUGGUGUGUUUGAUAGGUCAUUACAAACACUUACACGGUCGUAAGGUUAACGGGAAAAAACAACAGGCACAAGCAAGAGUAUGAAAGUCGCAGGAAUAAAAUGAAAGUAAUCAAUCUAGCGAGAUUUAACUGACAAGUGGAUUUUGCACCCCUCAAACAGCGAGGCAUUUGCGUUGCUAUUCACACUGUCUCUCUCUUUCACGUCCAUUCUUACACAAUCCCCCUUGCCCCCCAUACACCUUCACACUCUCUCCUCACAUGACUUUGCCUUAUUAAAUAAAUGCACCUAAACUCAACAGUUCCACCUUUUAUUACCCGCAGCUGAAGGCCAUGGCCCACCGUCCCAUGCCCCCCUCCGUCAUAGACACCGUGUCCAGCUGGUGUAACGACAUCGUCAGCUCUGCACAGAGCUUCAUCUCCUCUACUUGGACCUUCUACCUGCAGGGUGACGACGGCAAGGUGCUCAUCUUCCAG